UUUCUCUUCUGUUUGUAUCUUGCUUUUUCCAACAAGAUUCAAUCAAAAUGACAGCACUUGCGACAGGAUUAUAAACAAGCCUUUCGAAGGAAGAUAAAAAAAGAAGCGAAAACGCAACGAACAAAUCAAUCGAUAAGCCUAGGGUGAAAUUGUGCAACUUUUUCCGGUAACAAACUGCAGCGAAUUAGAAAAGAAUGAUGUUCAAUUAGAAUCUAGAAACGUGUGGUUGGGGGGCGUGUCCAAAUUGGUGUGUUAUCGGCGUGGGGGGAGGGACAGAGCAACGGGACGAGUGUGUGGCCAAAAUAGGAAACUUGAAGCGAAAAUUGGAACUUCGGAGCAUGAACAAAAUCUUGCUGGUUCUGAUCAUUGCCAGCGGGUUUCUGCUGAUCAUCUAUGCCAACAGUAGCAUCUUCAACCGGAGGAACAUCCUGACGAUCUUCCAAAAGACUGACCACGAGCACCAUCAUCAUGGAGGGGGUGCCGGUGGUGGUGCCCAUUCGGAGGCCCUGCUGGAUCACCACAAUUUGGGGGGUGCGGUGGGGGGGAAGGCGGCGGCCGUGCACUUUUUGGGCAGUCGACUCAACGAGCUGAAACGGGUCAAGUACCUGCCGAAGGAGAACAACGCCACCGAGUACAACAUCUUCAUCAUCUACACCAAGGAAAGCCAGAACGUGAUCCUGAAGAGCAAGUUCGAGCUGUUCCUGAAGAGUCUGCUCAAGUACACGACCAUUCCGAUGCACCUGCACGUGAUUACGGACGAGCAGAGCGAGGGCUCGGCGGAGGAACUGAUCCGGGAGCAGAUUGCCCACUACCGGAAGGUGGUCUUUUACACGCUGUACGACGUGAAGGACUGCGCGGAGAAGAUUAGCGACAUCGUCAAGAGUAUGCUGCCGUUGUUCAAUUACAAGACGGGAAGCUACUACAGCGACGCCCUGUUCCUCCUCUCGCUCGGCCUGCACCGGAUCGUGGACGUCAACAUGAAGCGAGCGAUCCUCAUCGACUGCGACGUCGUGUUCCGGUCCUCGGUCAAGGAGCUCUUCGACCAGUUCGACCACUUUGGACCGGAACACCUGUUCGGACUAGCCCCAGAACUAACCCCCGUCUACCUGCACAUUCUGUACAAGUACCGGGCGCAAAAUUCGCACACCCUGUUCGGCACGCCCUACUACCUGAACAAAACGACCACGACCACGAUCGGCAACUCGAUCGGCGGCUUCUUCAGCCGGACGGCCAAGAAAACCAAACACGGCUACCCGGGGCUCAACUCGGGCGUGGUCAUGCUCCAGCUGGACCGGAUCCGGCAGUCGCGCCUCUACGAGGAGAUCAUCAAGCCCGACUCGGUCAAGAACAUCGUCGAGAAGUACUCGUUCAAGGGUCACCUCGGCGAUCAGGACUUUUACACGCUGAUGGGGUUCGAGUUCCCCGGGUUGAUCUACCGGCUGGAUUGCGUCUGGAACCGGCAGCUGUGCACGUGGUGGCGCGAGAACGGCUACGGUAACGUAUUCGAUAGUUACUUUUACUGCGAGGGACCGAUCAAGGUGUACCACGGGAAUUGUAAUACAAGGAUUCCUGAGUGAGUGGGAGGGGGGGAGGGAGGAAAGUUGUCCGUACUUGCCAUAUCGUAGUUAGAGUUGGAAGGAUUUCCUUUGAUUCAGGUGUGCUGUCUCUCUUUACUUCCUGGCGGUGGCGAUAACAAGUUGCUAAAUUCUUAAAAUUCAUUAGAUGUUAUCCCUGAUUAUUUUAAAAGAUCGCAAUAUUAUUAUCACCGCUCUAAAUAUUA